UCUCUUCUUACACCUUCUUUGACUACAACAGUUCGGUACAACAUGAACAAAACAUUUAUGGCAUUAUUGUUCCUUCUUAUUUUCUUGAUCACAAAACCAACGUUAGGUUCAGCCGGUGGUGCACCGGAACAAGUGGUUGACACAUCCGGCAAGGUCGUUCGAUCCGGUGUAAAUUACCAUUUUGUCCCUGCUUAUCCGAAUGUAAUAGGUGGCCUUGCCUUCACUAGCAUAGGUAUAUUCACAUGUCCUCUUUCUGUUAUAUUUGCCAAUGACUCCAAAGGCCUACCAUUGGUGUUUACCCCAGUUAACUCUAAGAAAGGCGUUGUUCGUGUCAACACAGAUCUCAACAUUAACUUCGCAUACGGCGAUUCGAUGUGUCCUCAGUCCACAGUGUGGAAUGUUGGCAGCCGUGAUAACUCGACCGGACAGAGGUUUUUGACCAUCGACGGCGUUAUCGGAAACCCUGGUAGAAAAACUGUUGCUAAUUGGUUCAAGAUUAGGAAGUAUGAGAAUGGUUAUAAGCUAGUUUAUUGUCCAAGUGUGUGCAAAGAUUGUUACUAUAAAUGUAGUGACAUAGGGAUAUAUGUCGACCAAUUUGGUAAUAAGCGUUUAGCUCUUAGCAAUGUUCCAUACAAAGUUUGGUUCCAACCUGUGUGAAGCAAAAGAUCAGACUCCAAUAUUUACCAAACAAUCUUUAUGAAUGUUUAGUGUAAUAAU